CUCAAGAUAUAUUAUGGCAACUUCCUUAUUCUGCCCCAAAGAAAAGAAAAUACGACCAUGACGGAAAGGAGCCUAUGAGAGAAGCAAAAUUCAGCCAUGUUGGAACUCUCAGUCCCGGAGCGGUGUGUUACUCAGUUCUCCUUCUCCGGCCUGGCCUGCCACAGGACUUGCGCCGUGACCUGCGCAAGUACGCCAGAGGGAAGCUGCUUUGAGACGGUUACAGUUCCCUGGUCAGAGCUAGCCAUGACGAGGACUUCUACGUGCAUAUACCACUUUUUUGUUUUGAGCUGGUAUAUUUUCCUCAAUUUUUAUAUCUCACAACAAGGAGAGGAUCGGCGGAAAUCCAAAGUCUUUCUAAGUGGUGGACAAUGGAAGUACUUAACAUUCCUUAAUCUGUUCUUGCAGGCCAUUUUCUACGGGGUGGCCUGCCUGGAAGAUGUGCUGAAAAGAGCUAAAGGGCAAAAAGACAUUAAGUUCAUAACUGCCUUCAGAGACCUGCUUUUCACCACACUGGCUUUUCCGAUAUCUGCAUUUGUAUUUUUGUCAUUCUGGAUCCUCUUUCUCUAUGAUCGAGAACUCGUUUACCCUAAGGCCCUAGAUGGUAUCUUUCCAGUGUGGUUGAAUCAUGCAAUGCACACGUCCAUAUUGCCCUUCUCUCUGGCUGAAGUCAUCCUCAGGCCACACUGCUACCCAAUGAAGAAGAAAGGACUCGCCUUGUUGGCUGCUGCUAGCCUUGCUUAUGUCAGCAGGGUUCUAUGGAUCUACUCUGAGACCGGUACAUGGGUGUAUCCCGUGUUUGCCAAACUCAGCCCAGUGGGUCUAGCAGCCUUCUUCUCUCUCAGCUACGUCUUUAGCGUCGGCAUCUACCUAUUUGGAGAGAAGCUCAACCACUGGAAAUGGGGUGACACGAUGCAGCCGAGGAAGAAGAGGAAGUGAUUAGACACCAUUUUCCAAGAACCGAGGAAGAAGAAAACAUGAGAGUUUUUUUCAUCUUUUUUCUUCCUGGUGCAGGGAGGUGGUGGAGCAACAAAGGAAGGUAAAAAGGACAGGGAAUGAUAUUUAAAUUUAAUAAGGCAGCCAUGAAGGUAGCUGAAUUUGAGGACUCUUGUUUUUUUAAAACUUUUACUGGACACACCCAAAACAAUUCCUGCUGUCACAGAAUUUGUUACAUCCGUCUGACCUCUGUGGAGGAUGGUCUGUGGUCAACAUCUGGCCCAAAGCCAAAGAAACUCACGUAAAUGUGGUGUUAGAGAAUGUUUAGAGAGAGAAAGGAACUCAGGAUCAUCCAAACUAUUCACUUUAUAGAGGAGGAUGCUGAGGACCUAGAUGAGACGUCACCUGCAUGAGGCCAAAGAAUUAGCGUCAGAACCGAAAUAAAAGCUUUUGUCUCCCAUAUCUUCUAACUCCCAGUCCUGGGCCAUUUUUGAAUAAUCCCAAUUUUCCUAAAAAGAGGCACUUUCAUAAGCUAGAUAUUUUCAUGGAUUUCUCAUCUAUUUUUUUCUCAGUCUAAAUGGAAAUGUAGGGAGAUGGCUGCUUUUGAAGUUGUCUGUCUACCUAGUAUAAUAGCAAAUUAACUGGGGCAAUGAGAAAAUAAGUUAUAAAAAAUAUUGGUAAAAAAAUAUAUAUAUAUUGGUAAAUCUGUCCCUCUUGUGAGCAAGCAUUUGGGGCAGGUAAACAUUGAACACACUGAUAUUGUCAAAAUCUCUUCCAUUGGUAUAUUGAUUAAUUUGUCAAAUAAAUGUACAUUUUAC